GGGGCUAUAUAUGAGGCCCCCCACGCCUCACCACAUCCCCGGUUUUCCAGUGACACUCGGACCCGAGCCCGUCGUUGAAGAUGAUGUUGGUGCGCGCCGCCUUCCUUCUCGUCGCCGUUGGCGUCGCUUUCGGACAGAUUAGAGAUGCCGUGUACGAGGACUGCGGUAGCACCGCUGAAAUCAUCUCGCUGCAGGUCGAGCCCUGCGACUCUGACCCGUGCGUCAUGAAGAGGGGCACCGCAGCCAGAAUUUACUUCGAAAUGAUAUCUGACCAAGACAGUGACACGGCUAAGCUGGAGGCGACAACGAAAGUGUUCGGUAUCACUCUGCCAGUGCCAGGCAUCGAAACCAACAUGUGCAAUGUAGUCAACUGCCCCAUCAAGAAGGGAAAUACCUACAAGGGCGUCUUCACCGCUCCCAUUCCAUCAUUUGCGCCCGCGGGCAAAACUCCUCUGACCAUGAAGUUGAAGGGAGACAAAGGCGUCAGCAUCUGCACCAAGUCAUUGUUGGUCCUCGUGUGAUCUUCUUGGGUAUAUAACGCUGACUGAUGCAAAGGACCUAAAUUAACAGUAAAUAAAAAUAAGAUAAAAGCAAAAGUACAACAAGCUCAGACGUUUC